AAGACGACUCGAACAACUUUCACUGGCGUACCAACAUCCGCAGGAUUGACUUCGCUAGAAACGGACAGUGUUGGAAACGCACAUAUUGUUUAUAAAGAAGCUAUUUAAAAAAAAAUAGUAUUAUUGUUCUUUAGAUUCAACUACUACCCAGUUCCAUGCAAAGAGGGGGACAAUGACUCGGCAUGGGAAAAAUUGUACGGCGGGAGCCGUUUACACCUACCACGAGAAAAGGAAGGACACUGCGGCAUCGGGUUAUGGGACGCAAAGUGUGCGUUUAGGAAAGGAUGCCAUAAAGGAUUUCGACUGCUGUUGCCUUUCUCUCCAGACUUGCAGGGACCCCGUUGUAACUCCAGAUGGAUACUUGUAUGAAAAACAGGCCAUCCUGGAGUACAUACUCCACCAGAAGACCGAGAUCGCCAAGAAAAUGAAGGCGUACGAGAAGCAGAAACAGACUCAGAAGAGUGACAGUCGUCUGGAGUCUAAAUCUGAGGAGAGGGGAAUAGCAGAGAGGUUCAAGACCCGGGAGAACAGCAUCGUGUCCAAACCCAUCAACCCCUUUACCUCUGGCCAGGCCAAAGAGUCAGAUAGCCAGAGUGUUGCGGGUACAUCAGCCAGUACAUCAAAAGCUGACUCCUCUGCUCCUGCUGCCGGCACCAGCUCCUCCCAAGCCCUGCCCAGCUUCUGGAUCCCCAGUCUCACCCCAGAGGCCAAACCCACCAUACUCAAGAAACCUAGUAAGACUGUAGUGUGUCCCAUGUCUGGCCGGCCUCUGAAGAUGAAUGAGCUGACCAAUGUACACUUCACUCCUCUGGACCCCAGUCUGGACCGAGUGGCCCUGCUCGCACGCCAGGAGAGGUACCUGUGUGCCGUGACUAAAGACACUCUGGGUAACAGUGUCCCCUGCUCCGUUCUCAAACCCUCUGGAGCGGUGGUGACUCAGGAGUGUGUGGAGAGGCUGAUCAGGAAGGACAUGACGGACCCGAUUACCGGAGACAAACUCACAGAGAAGGACAUCAUCCCACUACAGAGGGGUGGAACUGGGUUUGCAGGCUCUGGAGUGGGACUGAAAGCUAAAGAGGCUCGACCCGUAAUGAUGGUGUGAUGGUUCAGAGACGACGGUCAACAUGACAAAGGCAUAUACUUGAUUAUUUGUACAUACGGUUGUCUGUUCUUGUAUGGAGUCUGAGAAUUCCAACUGCUAUUUUGAAGCUUUGUUAUACAGGGUUCUAUUCUGAGAAGCACAUAGGUGCACACAAAGAAAUUUAGAAGGUAAAAUAUGAGGUAUUUAAUUU